CGGCAAUUUCUGGAAUCUGCGGAUUCAGCCCAACCGGUUUGCAGCCCAUGGCCACCAUACUUCAGACCUGUUCGUGCGACCAGGCAUCUGAGGACUCCUCUGUGUGUGGCUGUGAUGAUUGUCCUGGCUAUGCUCCGCUGCCCAAGAUGAACCCUUUCCUGUCUUGUGGAAAUCAGUAUUCUGCAGCGCAUGGCAACUUUCAGCAUGUGAUUUCGACUGUAGUUCCCAAGAAUGCCGACGGAACUCCAAAUCCGCAGCUGUCGACGCACCAGAUCUUGUUCGAGGAUGAGCACGGCAAGGAGGUGGGCGCUGCGGUGCAGAAGGCCAAGCAGUGCAUCCUCCAAGGAGCCCAGCUCCUGCGCCAGGCGCUGGGAGCAAAGCAGCGGACCUUGGUGCACUGUGAGUGGGGCCAGAACCGAUCUGGCUCCAUCUGCUGUGCUUUCGCUGUUCUAUACCUGGGCUGGUCCGCCUCCGCAGCUAUUCGAUACUUCAGAGAGCAAAAUCUGGUCGAGCGCCACUAUAGUGGGCAGAGCCCGAUGAGCAACUCAGCCUUCAAUAAGCUGUUGGAGGAGAUUGAGCGCGAUCGCAUGCAGCUGCUGUCGGUGAUGGGGGAGGCGUCGCCCAUGUCCCCGCCACCCCAGGUCAUUGCCGGUGGCCCAAGGGCUGAGAGUGGCGGCAUCCACUUCUUCAGGAACGCUCCAGAGAUGCGACCGCAACAUUUCCAAUUCAGUGUAGCACAGUAGAGACAGCCAGGCCCCGCCGAGCAGCGUGAGGCGGCUUCGAGCUUUUGGAGGGCCCAGUAGUCUCUGGACGAAGCACAGGGUUCGGAUCGGAAGAAGUAGUGAAGUGGUAGAAGAAGAAGUAGAAGUAGAAGUAGAAGUAGUAGUAGUAGUAGUAGUCG